CCACUAAAGCAUUACAGCGGCUACUCCGGCUGUAGAAAAAGAAAAUGUGCUUUCGCACGUAGAUGAGUGAAAGGGAACCCCCAGAAGCUAGUGACUAGCUAGCAAAGUGUGGGAACAUGGAAGAUGAGGAGAUCGCUGAAAGCUGGGAAGAAGCUGCCGACAGUGGGGAAAUGGAGAGACGGUUAGAGGAGAAACUACGCAUAAGUCAAAAAGAGAGACUCUCAAGUGGGAGUUCAGGUCGCUCACCAAUAAAGACUAUCAUGAUCCAAGACGACUCCCUUCCAGCAGCACCGCCUCCACAAAUCCGCAUUUUAAAACGACCCACCAGCAACGGAUCCUUGGGGCCGUCUGUAACACAGAGCCGACCAUCACCACAAGUGAAGUCUUUAGCUCAGAGGGAGGCAGAGUAUGCCGAAGCCAGGAAACGGAUCCUUGGCAGUGCUGAUGACACACCUCAGGAGAGACCCACGUCAGAGAGGUCACCACGUGCAGGAAGCCAUACACCUUCAGAGGACACAAGAUCAAACAACCAUGUAGUUCGGCAGCCAGCAGGUCCAGAUGGUACACAAGGCUUUCGCCAACGCAGAUAGGAAUAAUAAAGGCCUGGGAGAAAAGGAGAGCUCUUGGUCCAUCUCCAAACAAACAGUUCGAAUUCGGAUCAUUUUUAAAACAAUAUUUAGGAUGUGGGAUGUUUAUGAAAUGAGAAGAAAACCUCAUCCUCACCCAUCAGGGCUCCUGAGCCAGUGUGGAAUGUAAAAGGGGAGGAAAUAUAACAUGGAAGAGCAAAUUUACACUGUGAUGAGGACUUCUUCCAGACACUGCUCACUGUGAUCCCCCUCCUCUCCCAAAAAUAUACACUUAAUCAGUUUCCCUCAACACCUUAACUUACUGUGACUGGUGACCCGUCUGCCAACGGACAGCUUUUGACCUUGAAGUGGUCUGGAGAUUAGUCAUGACCCCUCUUUGAGGAAGAACAGAGUGUGAUGCCACAUUAUGAUGAGGCUGUGCUGAAAGUGUUGUAAGAUGUUGCACAGGUCACCAGCUCUCAGCAAUAAUAUUUCUCUUUAUCAUUUUUCACUUAUUUUCUUUUCAAGACUGCUCUUCCCAAGCUUUUGUAGUAGUUAUUUUUGGUUUAUUUUGUUUUAACUUAGUCAGCUAAAUGCCAUACAUUUUUAAUGGGGAAGGGAAUGGUGAGGGUUCUGUGGAAACAAGUCUCUUAAGUUUUGUUUACAAAUAUUAUUAUUAUUAUUAUUAUUAUUAUUAUUAUUAUUUUAAUCCUGGGUCUUCCUAUGACUGUCCUGGUUUCUACAUAAAGGAAAUGAAGAAUUUAAAAAAAAAAUAGAGGAAGAGGAAAAACUAAUUUUCUGCCUUUUUAUAUUCUUUGGGAAGGUAGGAAUAUUUAAUGAUAUCAGUUACAAAUUAAGAGAAAUGUAAAUGCUUGUGGUGCUGGCGAGAAUCAAAGGGAGAUGUGCAAAGGGGAAGGAACUGCUGGUUCCUUUUGCUUCUCUGUUUUGUAUCUGCUGAUAAUUUUAUCAAUGUAUUUGCUGAAGUAGGAACUCAGGUCACUGACUGAAUCAAAUAUGUGUUAAUUAGUUUUUAAUUUAGCAGUGGUGCGUGUGGAUCAUCUGCCACACGGUCACCUCAAACUGGAGUACUGGAGAUAUCCAAUAAGAAAUUAUUUAACUUUUUUUUUU